UUCAGGGUAUUUAUAUCGGCAUGGCAUGCACUCAACAUUCACCAUCCACAUAAAUCUCCAUCUAAUUACCUCUCCAUCCUCAUAACACAAAACAUGGCAACCACCCGAACCUUCAACGUCGACUUCACCAGCUGGACCGGCAAACACCUGCAAGUAACUGAAAGCGAUGCCCAAAAUACACUCGUCUACGCCGCCGACCUCAACUUCCGCAAACCCCAGAUGGUCUUCCAAGCCACCGGCAGUGCCAGACUUCCAGCCACCGUGACCUUUCACACAUUCAGUCGCACCAUCGACAUCGACAUCAACGGGUAUCACAUCCCGUUCAAACCACGUGGGAGCUUCAAGUAUCAAGUCCCGUUUGCGUCUCCGGCCCUCGGCAAGGUGCUCACUUGGCGAAAUCCCUAUUCUAUGAGGCCGUGGGAGCUGGAGUGUCGGGAUGAGCAGAAUACCCUCAUUGCACGGUUCAUUCCGAGUAACUCGUGGAGCUGCACCAAGGCGGGGCGACUGGAACUGGGGCCGUUGGAGAGCGGGCCGUCGACGGAUGAAGUGGUCGUGACGGGGCUGGCGUUGGCGUAUUAUCUCAUUUCGCAGACUUUGGGUAGUGCAUAAUCCUUCUUUCAUGAUUUGAUUCGCGAGAUGAAGCUUUCUGUCUAUAUCUCACUCAUAUACAUAUGUACACACCCUUGCGGUAAUCAAUGCACCGGAAUAUCCC